GUUUCGGUGCGAGAUCAUCAUCGUCGUCGUCAAAUGUUCUCUCGUGUGGAAGAAGAAGUGACAGUUCUGAAUCCAAUACAGAAAAUUCCAUUGGAGUUAACAUUCUCUUCUCCGGCGCUUACCAAAUUCACAGAGAAAUCAAGGACGAAGAAGCUUCGUGUAAUACUUCAAUCAUUUUGAUCCGUCGCCGUUCUCCACCUGUCUCGUGCUGCGUACAGCCACCACAGGGUAUAUACGGCAUUGAUGUGAGAUCUGGUUUUGGAGAGAGAUGCAGAGAGAGAACAGUAUCAACUAUCCGUCGAGCCCUAGUGCUCGGCUUCGUCACCGUAGGCGAUCAAAUGAGGGUAUUGCGGAGGAUUUUAAGCCAAAUGGAAGCAAUUUACUUGUUAAUGACAGAAAUAAAUACAAGUCUAUGUUGAUUCGUGCCUAUUCAUCCGUCUGGAUGAUUGGAGGGUUUGCAUUAGCAAUAUACCUUGGACAUCUCUAUAUUAUGGCUAUGGUGGUUGUAAUCCAAAUCUUUAUGGCACGAGAACUCUUCAAUCUACUUAGGAGGACCCAUGAAGAUAGGCACCUCCCAGGAUUCCGGUCAUUAAACUGGUACUUCUUCUUCACGGCAAUGUUUUUUGUUUAUGGCCGCCUUCUCAGUCAACGGCUUGUCAAUACUGUAACAUCAGAUAAAGUUCUGUAUCAGCUUGUUAGCAGCAUUGUCAAGUAUCAAAUGGCCAUUUGUUAUUUCUUGUAUAUUGCAGGUUUUAUGUGGUUCAUUCUUACUUUAAAGAAGAAGAUGUACAAAUAUCAGUUUGGGCAGUAUGCAUGGACACACAUGAUCUUGAUAGUGGUGUUUACACAGUCUUCUUUCACUGUUGCUAACAUCUUUGAAGGAAUAUUCUGGUUUCUCCUUCCGGCAACACUCAUUGUAAUAAAUGAUAUUGCUGCAUAUUUUUUUGGAUUUUUCUUUGGAAGAACCCCGUUGAUCAAGAUAUCUCCAAAGAAAACUUGGGAGGGAUUCAUAGGAGCCUCUGUGACAACUAUUAUCUCGGCAUUUAUGCUUGCGAACAUCAUGGGUCGCUUCAGUUGGCUCACUUGUCCAAGAAAGGAUCUAUCGACUGGUUGGCUUCACUGUGAUCCAGGUCCCAUGUUCACACCAGAAUAUUUUACUUUACCAGAAUGGGUUCCUACAUGGUUCCCAUGGAAGGAUGUCACCAUUUUGCCAGUUCAGUGGCAUGCUAUAUGUCUUGGUUUAUUUGCGUCAAUAAUAGCUCCUUUUGGUGGCUUCUUUGCCAGUGGCUUUAAAAGAGCUUUUAAAAUCAAGGAUUUUGGCGAUAGCAUUCCAGGACAUGGUGGAAUCACAGACAGGAUGGAUUGCCAGAUGGUGAUGGCCGUAUUUUCAUACAUCUAUCAUCAAUCAUUUGUCGUGUCUCAGAGCAUCACCGUUGAAUCAAUUAUUGACCAGAUACUAAUGAACCUUACGUUUGAGGAGCAACAACUUCUGUUCACGAAAUUUGGGCAAAUGUUGCAGGACAGGCUGAUUCCACAAUACAGAAUGGGAGCAGAAGAUUGGGAAAUAUCAAGUUCACGAGGUCAGUCGUUCAGCCGUUUCAUUUGCCAUCCCUUGGUAUUCAAAUUCGGUACUAGACCUCAAGACCACCUCUUGUUUUGACGAGGACCAAGAAAUUUAAUGGUUGCAAAUCGAGGUAUGGUACUCGCUUGUACUAUGUCAUCCUGGCAAGAACUAGCUUAAUGCACAUUAAUAAAGCAUGUAUUAUAGAAGCAUGCUUUUGAAUAUCCUCAAAUGGAGGGACAUCUCUUCUUGCAUUUAGAGCAACAAAGAAGACGUUUUAACAAAUAGUUUAGCCCUCGAAGAGAUACUCAAUAAGGUAGUUGACUAAUAUUAGUUCUAUUUCUGCAGCCAAACCAUUAGCUAUUUUUCAAAAUUUAGGUGUAUUCUUAUAGAGCAAUACCUACAAAAACUUUACAUUAUAUACCUCUCUUUCUAAGAGCCUUUG